AUGAGCGGGGCGUGUUCAGACCGAGUAAACGUCCAGUUGUGGGCGGGGAGGAGGAGAACUAAAACGCUUGCCCGAAGGCAACACAGUGCAGCGGAAGAGUUUCAGUUUAGAUGCUUUAGGAGUCUUGCAUGAAAAGGAAAAAUGAGACUUAGGUCUCAAAGGACGAUUACCGCUGCUUCGGAGACGCCGAGGAGGACACGUCAACGGUCGAGACAAACGCGCCUUUUGACGACGGAGACGGAAAGCCCCUUACCAAACAAGGUUGAGGAGGAGUCUGUGGCUCACCAACCAGAAGAUGAGGUUCCUACGGUGAAGAGGCGGCCGCUGCCUCGUGGCCGGGCGAGGAAGCGGCCAAGGGCCAUCGCUGUUGAGGACAGAGAAUCGGGUGUUUUAUCUCCAUCAGCAGAUUUGGCUUUCAAGACUCCACUCAAGCCCAUACUGCACCAUGAGCGCAUUCUGUCGGAGAUCGACGUGGCGUCUCCUCGUAACUCCACGGCCAGAAACAUCUAUCCGCCCAUCGUGCGGUUCCUCACUCCCAGCAAGGAGAAUAUGAAAUGUCCUGAAACUGCCAACAGUGUUUUGCUGAGCCCAGAACAAGGAGUGUUUGGUUACGGUUCCAUCGACCUGCUGGCUGGAGAUGAGGAUGACGACGUCUUUGAUCCAUUUACCUUUAUCAAGAACAUCCCGUCCCAGUCUCAGCAUUCCCGACCGUGUCUCCGAGAUAUCCCGCCAAAGACCCGGAGCACUCCGGAGGCCACGCUGGUGGUCGACUUGGAGGAGACGCUCAUGUUCAGCUCCCUGAAUGUGAUCGAAGAAGCAGAUUAUACUUUCUAUACCACAUUCCAGGAUCAUCAAUACCAGGUGUACAUGAUCCUGCGUCCACAUGUGAGAGAGUUUCUUCAAGCCAUGGCAAAAAUCUACGAGCUUUUUGUUUACACCUGUGCAAAGAAGGAAUACGCUGAGAAGAUCCUGGAGAUCCUCGACCCUCAGAAGAAACUCUUCCGACACCGCCUGUAUCAGGACGACUGCGCCUGCGUCCUCGGUCACUACAUCAAGGAUCUCAGCAUCCUCGGGAGAGACUUGACGAAAACCGUCGUUCUGGAUAACGCACCGCACACCUACCCAUACCACCUGAUGAACACGAUACCUAUUAAGAGCUGGUCUGGAGGACCAGAAGACAAAGAGCUGCAGAAACUCGUCUCCUACAUGGAGAGACUGGCUCCAGCGGAGGAUUUUCAGGAGGUUCUGAAGAAGAGGAAGGACCACUUCCACAGGUUGCUGUCCGAGGACUGACAGACCCUCCCCGCCUCACCAGCUGACUGUUGUAGCUCAUGUUUAGGUUGAAUUGCAGAUUCCAGAUUGGACCGCCUGACCGGAAGGCGGUAUGUCCGUGUCGGGAACCGGGCCGGUUCUCCUUAAAGGACGGCACAUUUCAGACGCUGCUGACCGAUCGUCACCUGAACCCGGCUUCUUUCCAGAACUGGUUCCUCAAGCAGCAAACUGCUAACACGUGUAAAUAUUUCCCGAACAAAACUUGAAUUAUUUUGUUAAUAUUUCUAACUUUCUAUUUACUGAUCAUAUUGCUAAUCAACAGCUGUUAUCUGUAUAUUUUAGAGGCUUUUUUUGUUGUUAAAUUAUAUACAUUUACUCCAACAAUAAAGAACUAAUGGAGCGUU